AUGGAUUCAACAAGUUUUGUGUGCCAACGGCGAUCCUAUAAUGGCGAAUUGUGCACCGUCCGCUACGCGGGGAAAGUUGCAGGCACCACCGGCGAAUGGUUAGGUGUGGAAUGGGACGACCCAACACGGGGGAAGCACUCUGGAGAGCAUGGAGGAGUGAGAUAUUUUACAUGCAAAAGAAAGCACCCCACUGGAGGGUCGUUUGUGCGCCCGUCUCGAGCUGCAGACCAGCCUAGAAGCUUCCUAGAGGCUCUGCGUGAGAAGUACGCAUCUGAGUUUGAAGAGGAAGCCGCCAGGAGAAAGCUUGGUGGUGCUGUCUCCGGCGAUGCUCUACACAAACCGAUUGAAAUCAGCGGCAAGGUUGUAGAAGAAGUUGGUUUCGACAAAAUCCGAAAACAACUUGCCGAGCUGCAAGAGCUGAAGAUUGUUCUCUUAGAUGGGCUACGGGUCGCAGGAGUCCUUGCUCAUGAUGGUAGCACAGAACAAAUCCAGUCAGUCUGCAAUGAGAUCGAGCAGACCUGCCCUAAGAUUAUCGAGCUUGAUCUCAGUCGAAAUCUUUUGAAUCGUUGGGGUGAUGUUGCAAGUAUAUGUGACUCACUCAAGCGCCUGAGAACAUUGAAGUUGAAUGGAAACCGGAUGGGCCCUGUGGAGGAAGGCUUGAAAUUCGAGAGGAUUGCAGAGCUUCAGUUGGAUGACACGCUUCUCUCUUGCGAUGAGAUAUCAGCUUUGACAUAUCAAUUUUCGUCCCUAGCUACUUUAACCGCCUCCACUAACCAGAUUUCAACUAUCUCAUCAACCCUUUCGAGCACAAUCACGACAUUAUCCUUGGAGGAUAAUGAGAUCUCUUCUCUAUCUUCCCUCAGAGAGCUUACGUCCAUGAAUAGUCUGAACCGUCUUUCACUACGCGGAAAUCAAGUUGAUAAGAUUUAUGAAUCCAAUUCAGAUGAAGCAUGCCCGCUACGGUUUUCAAACAACCUUCAGUCGGUCGAUCUGUCCAGGAAUAGAAUUGACAAUUGGCUUUUCAUCAACCAUAUAUCACUUGUAUUUCCUGGACUCCAAACUCUCCGCAUAUCUGGGAAUCCUCUCUACGACCAACCGGUGGGCCCAUCAACGAUCACUGGGUUGCCAGAGAAAACAAUGACAGUAGACGAGGCAUAUAUGCUAACUCUUUCUCGAAUAUCCUCGUUAAAAAUGCUCAACUACGGCACAAUAACAGAAAAGGAUCGCAGCAAUGGAGAGCUCUAUUACCUCUCGCUCAUCGGCAAGGAGUUAUCUGCUUUCCCGGAAAGCGCGGAGCGGGAGAUCCUCGCAAAGCACCCUAGAUAUAGUGAACUUUGUGGAAUAUAUGGUGAGCCUAUGAUUAAGAGAGCUACAGCGUCGACAGGGUCAGGUGCUGCUGUGAAUCCACGGUCUGUUGCUGCACGCUUGUUGAGGUUAGUAUUCAGCUUACGCCGAGAUUUACCGAUGACUGGCACCUCAGACACGAAUCAAGACGAUGCAUCAAGGGAGGAAAUCAAGGUGAAGGAGAUACCCCGAUCGUUUGAUACUUACCAAGUUAAGGCCAUUGUUUCGCGUCUGUUUGGCCUGGCGCCUUAUGAGUUCAGGCUGAUUUGGGAGACGGACGAGUUGGACCCCGUCAGUAAACAGAAUAUAGAUGAUGAGGACGGAUGGGAUAGUGGAGAUGAGGGUGCCAAGCCCUCGCAACCGAGCGAUAACUCCGCGUUCGUUAAAAGAGAGGUUGAGCUUGUGGAUAGUACGAAAGAUAUUGGAUUCUUGUUCCAGUCUGAUCUUACUGAGGCGAAGAUCAGACCCAGAUACUGGUGCAAACAAUGCAAGAUAUUCAUCCGAGACACAGCAUUCGAGAAAACCCAACAUGAAGCAACGGGCAAGCACCAAGGAAACCUGAAGCGAUUCCUCCGGGACAUCCACAGAGACAACGAGCGCCAACAGCGGGAAACCCAGAGGGCCAAGAAUGAGGUUGAACGACUACGAGGAAUUGUCUCCGGUAAUGCAGCUGGAAACGGCGGCAAUGCAGCUUCCUGGAAACCAGCCGCGCCAGUUCCUCAAGCGCCACCGCGGUCAGUCUCCCUGGACGAGAGGAAAAAGCAGAUGGCGCAAUUGGCGGAGAUGGGUGUUGCGAUUCCGGACGAGUAUCGUGGCGAUAUGGCCCUGGCUGGGGAGUGGCAGACGGUUUCCCAGAAAGUAAUUGGCGCAGAUGGAGAGAAGACGGGUCCUUCGCUUGGGGUUCGCAAGCGCAAGCAUGAGGGGGACGAGGAAGAAGAGGAGGCUAAACGGGAGGCGGAAAGGUUUGUUAGCAAGGGUUGGGGGUCGAGGACUAAGGAGUAUCCCGGUGCGCAGGACGAUGCGGAUUUGGAUGCCCUUCUGGAGUCUACGAAGGAUGUCAAGAAAGCGAAACCUUCGGCUUCUGAGGCGACUCCGAAGGAGAAUGACCAGGAGGUUGCUGACGUCCCAGCUAAGGGCGAGGGUGACUCUGCAGCUGCAGAUUCCGAGCAGACGCCGCAAACUGAAAAGGAACCGUCUGAAGCGCCCCCUGCGCCUGUGGUUAAGGAUGAACCAGAAGAAGCAAGUGCGGGCGUCGUUUUCAAAAAGCGCAAGCCAAAGGUUAUGAGAAAAUAG